AUGGAUCUGCAGCAAGACACUCAAGAGCAUGCAAAGCUUUUGAAAAAUCAUUCAACGCAAGUAUCCCUUGGUCCAUUUAAUUCCAACUUGGACCCGAAGAACACGCUCUUCCAUUCAGUGGAAAUAAGGCUUCAGCUGCUCCCAGCGCAGCAUCGCAACAAAGAAAAUGAGGUUGCUAGGUUGCUGAGGCAUUUAUUCGAACAGGUGGUGGGCACCUCCAAGGUAGAGCUGAGGAGCAAACUCCAGCGACUUCAAAGCUUUUUCCGGCGAGGGGAGGUGCAGCUCAUUGCGCCUCUGUGGAUUCGCCAAUGGAUGUGGUCAGAGGGACAAGUAAUGAACUCACGAUGA